GGGUGCGAUACGGGGUUUUCCCGACGGGUGGACCGGGCCGCGCCGCCGGCGUCUCGUCUCCCAGCCUCUCCUUUCCCUCCGGGUCGCUUCCGGAGGCGGAGGGAGGGCCGCGGACGCCCUGUCUACGCGGACCGGGAGGCCUGUCUUCGUGGGCGGUCGGACGCCGGGGGUCGCGGGCCGUCGGCGUCCCGGCUCCCCCGCCAUCCGGAUCUCGGCGCUCCGAGUCUCCCCCGCCGUCCGGCCCCCGGUAGCCCGAGUCUCCCGCCGUGUCGACCUGGAGCUCGGCCACGGUGCCCCGACAGGUUGCCCACCAGGCCAGUGGCUGAACCUGAGCCUCCACGUGCCACAAGGGCCCUGAGGAGGAAUGGCCGCCGUGGGCAGGCUGCUUGGAAUUGACUCAGGCACCAGUGACAGCUCCGGGACUUCCCAGCAAACAGGGUGUGUUCUUCCUGGUAGGACAGCAGAGUCUGGUAUCCCACACACACCCUCACUCGGCCAUAGGGGUUGCUGGGAAGUGCAGGGUGUGGAGGGAACGCCCCCAAGGUUACGGCUUCGAUGUGCAAGGCUGGGGGAACGCAGAAGUCCAAGCCACAGGACAGGAAGUCGUCUCCUGCCUGAUGCUUGGUCCCCUAAGCCCACUGGGGUCCCAGCUGCUGACUUCUGUUCUCACUCGUCUGAAAGUCUCCUGCACUUGCCCCAGCGGUCUCUUCCAUGGGGCAGAAGCUGUUCUGACCAGGCCCCACUGCACCUGCUGCCGCAGCCCGUGUUGACAGGGUAUGCUCUGGUGCAUGCCCGCCUACAUACAUCCUCCUGGCAGGCCGACAGCAACAGGGCCUCGCUCACACGUGUGCACCGACAAGCCUAUGCACGCCUCUACCCCGUGCUCCUGGUCAAGCAGGACGGCUCCACCAUCCACAUCCGCUACCGGGAGCCACGACGAAUGCUUGAGAUGCCUGUGGACCUGGACACCCUGUCCCCAGAGGAGAGGAGGGCACGGUUCCGGAAACGGGAGGCCCAGCUCCGAAAGAAAGAGAAGGAGGAGCCAGAGCUCAGUGAUGACUUUGACAUGGAGCAGUACAAGCGGUUUUGGACAAAAAAGUGAUGGGUCUGGAAGCUGCCUGCGUGGGGGAUGCGAUUUCGGGGAUGGUGUGUCUUUACAUGGUGUGUUCGCAAAGCCGU